CCUUCUUUGGCAGCCACCGUCGACGCGACUGGUGUGCUGAGCACCAUGUCGCUCAUUAGCGACACCAGCUAUUUAAUCCACUCGAUGCGUCUGUCGUACCUGCGAGAAGUAGACUCAGACCCGUAUGGACCUCGACUAAUCACGCUUGCCCCCACCUACAACACCAACUCAUAUAUUAUAUCCGCGUCGCUCAACGAUAUUGAUCGAUGGCCCGAGCUCGCAAUGCCGUCCAGUCCGCAGCUCAGUGACGAUGAGCGACCCUCGGGUUUCCCUGGCGCUCGACUGAAAUAUAGCACCACUAUCAUGGGGGGCAGGACGGGAGGACUGGGGCUGCGGGUGAAUGGGAAACGGGCAUCUACGUCUAAGCGCAUGUCUAUGGGGCGGACACCACGAGAGAAGGAGUUGGAGGCAACAGCCGCCCCUUCGACAAGUUCUCUGUCUGAACACAAGGACAACAAAUUCAUUGGUUCGGUGCCCAGCUCUGCUCCAGAGGUCACGAUCCAGCAGCCCACAGUCGCGGAAGAAGCUCCAGUUGCGAAAGUUGUUCAAUUCAUCCCGAAAUUCAAAGGCGCUGCCGAAAUGGAAAGGCGGAGAAGGAUGCGAAUGGCAGCUCGCCGUGGACCAGGAGGUGCGGCAACGGCAGCUCCCCCCGUUCUCGACUUUUCGUCUUCUUCUUCAUCUGAAGAGGAAGUCGUCGCAGACGACUCGUCAACUGAUUCAGACUUUGGUCCGUCAAAUGCAGCUAUGGACGAUGGAGAUGAAUUCGAUCCCGACUUUGCUGCCAGUCGCUCGCCAGGAUUGACCUCAGACAGUGUGUCCGAAGUCACUUCUGUUUUCUCAGCAACUGCAUCAUCUGUCCCAAUAUCCCAGUCCAGUACCAGUCUUGCGCUCCCUCGCAAUCGUGCACGGUUAAGCCCCGUCUCCGAAGGCCCUACCCCUGAUCGUAACCCCCACUUCGAAAUGCUGACGCCAAGCACAAGUUCUCGUAAACCAGACAUUCCUGCUCGAAACCCAGCCCGUGUUCAGGGCGGCCAAAGUGGCUCAUCCUCCUCCGCCAAUAAACCCGAAAUCAUCUUCGCACGCAAGAAAGUCGCCCCAUUACCUAGAAAUACUCCUCGUUCCGCGUUAACCGCAAUGCUGGUUUCUUCGGGAGAGAUUACAAAUCCGUUUGCAGAGCUAUACGCCACGGUAUCUGGAAGGGGAGAGGGUGCUCAGACGAGUGUUCAAGUUUACUUUCCGUCAGCAAGAGCACCCCGUGGACAAGCGAUGGAUCUCAGUGUUCGGAAGGAUGCGACAGUUGAAGAGGUUAUUGGGUUUGCAUUGUGGACUUAUUGGGAAGAGGGUUGGUUGCCCAAGCUAGACGAGGGAAUCGAGAAUGACGAAGAUAAGAAAGCGACCCGGCUCUCUGCAAUCGGGUGGACGAUGCGUAUUGCAGAGGAUGAUGGAGAGGUUGACGAUGACUUCCCCCCACCGGAUCGCAUUGGGAAAAUUGCCAAAUUCAAUGCGGAUGCUUAUGCAAUUCUUGAGGCCACUCCAGCUCAAAUCCAACAAAAUCGCCUGAUCGAGAGCAAUAUUCAAAGGCAUCCGUCGCGUCUCACUGCAGCCAAAAAAGUGGAGAAACCAUCAGCGCUCACUCUUGCCGUUGCCGCCAGCAGCGCGUUGCCUGGAAGCGGUAUAUUUGGCUCAGCAUUGGGCGGUUCAGUUCCCUUUUCGACAUCAUUCGGUCCUUCAUCUGGGCACGGCCCUCAACUUUUCCUUCGUAUCAAGGUCGAGGACGGACCUGAUGCGAUCCAUGUUGGCACAACCAUCUCAGUCUCCGCAGGAAUGUAUAUGCAAGAAGUACUCGAGAAGGUUUGCAGCAAGACUAAACUCGACAAUCCGGAGAAUUACGCGCUGUUGCUGGCGACUGACAACACGAGAAUAUUGAUUCCGUUGGAUCGAACGGUGGCAAGUUUGGGCGGAAAACGAGAACUAGUGCUCAUCAGGAGGACUCUGAUCGGUGAUAACGUCGUGCGCGGUACUGGCAAGACGACCGACCCCAAUGCACUGAUCCUCAAGCGUAUGUCUGAUACGCCUGAGGUGGUGAAAUACUCUUCAACAUCCGCCAUCGACUUCAACAACGUCUACAAGCAGUAUACCAUCUACCGCAAGAUGCCAAUGCUUGUUGCUAAACAGGAACGCACCCUUGCGUUCGAUGGACUCUAUAUUCAUAUUAUACCAACAGCCAACAAGGCAACGAAGGCUGUCUUCGAUAGUGGUAAACACCUCUCGUAUCACAUCCGUAGUAUUGCGGACUGUCAACAGUCGACCAAGAGCAGUGCAUUGUUCAAGCUGGUGUUGGGGAGGAGUGGGUCAAGCGGGAAGAAGCGAUAUGACUAUGAGGCAGAGAGUCCCAAACAUGCCAGCGAGAUUGUUGCGCAAAUAUGGUCGCUGAAGAACUCUGCGGACAACCGCGUUGGUACUCGGUCUCUCAGACGAAGUCGUCAUGGUGUGGUGAACUGA